AUGAACGGAACAAAAGUAUUUCUGCAAAAUUUGUUAGAUAAUUUAAAUUCUGGGCAAUUAGAUUCAAAUGUUGAAGUUGUUGUCGCACCGCCAGCGAUUUAUCUUGAUCAAGUUCGUAAAUCUGCCCGUAAGGAUAUUGGAGUUGCCGCACAAAAUGCUUUUAAUGUCACGAGUGGUGCUUAUACCGGAGAAAUUAGCCCUGAACAAUUGAAAGACCUUGAUAUUGAUUGGGUGAUAUUAGGUCAUUCGGAACGAAGAGAAAUCUUUAAAGAAUCCGAUGAGUUUAUAGCAUCAAAAGUAGCCCAUGCGUUAAAAGUAGACAUGAAAGUUAUCGUUUGUAUCGGCGAAAAACUUGAAGAACGUGAAUCUGGCAAAACUUUUGAAGUAGUAACACGACAACUGGCAGCAAUUUCUAAAGAAAUUUCUGAUUGGUCGAAUGUUGUAAUUGCUUAUGAACCAGUAUGGGCUAUUGGCACGGGUAAGGUUGCAACACCUGAGCAGGCACAAGAAGUUCACGCUUAUAUUCGUAAAUGGUUAAAAGAAAACGUGUCUGAACAAGUAGCCGAAAAUACCCGCGUUAUUUAUGGAGGGUCCGUGAAUGGCGCCAACGCUGCAAAACUUGCUAAACAACCGGAUAUUGACGGGUUCCUUGUUGGUGGUGCAUCAUUGAAACCAGAGUUUGUAACAAUAGUGAAUUCUCGUGUUUAA